GGCGUUAAAAAGAACCUUGGAAGUCACACAACAUCCAGGUUCCUGGAAGUUGGUUUUUAACGGCCGCCAUGCAGGUAGCGUUCUCUUGCACGUGGGAGGCCCGUGCUGCGACCGUUAGUUCAGCAUAGAUCCUUACAACGUCAUUGCUCGAAGUCUCGUCGACACAAACAGCUUACGCGCUUGUCACCAACCGCAUCCACUAACGCCGACGUAUGGCGCCGUCAGAACUCCGGGGCAUCUGCGACUGUGACAUCUUCUCUCUCUAGUGACACUUUCACCUUCGCUGUUGAUUCGCACCUUGGCUGGAAUUGAUCACCAUGGCGUCAAGCUCUACCGAAACGACUCCCUUGGUCUCGUCAAUGUCGAGCUCAAGUCGAGCGAUACCUCCCAAGCCUCAGCGAACCGUCACAUUCAACCCAACCGUCACAUCGACUAGUCCGAAACCACCGUCGCGGUCAAUCUCGCACAGCGCCUCCGCUUCCGGCCAUGGUGCCACUACCCAGGGUGGACAGCCCAUGCUUUCGACAUUGAACAGUAAGCUGCGGAGAAGGAACAGCUCUGGUGCGCCUGCCAGAAUACCCCCCGCGCCGGUGCCCAAGAUCGGUCCCCAGAGAACGACGAGGACAGCCCAGAAACUCAAGCUCCUUCCCGACCCGGCCGCGGAUGAAGCCGAAGACGAAGAGAGCGGACGCGAUGUCUAUGUGCAAUACACCAGGAUAAAGGACCCUACAGCGCGAAGAGAUGCAGCCAGACUAGGAAAGGCAGACAGGGAGCGACUACCAAGAGUGACGGCAUAUUGCACGGCCGCGUCGUACAAGCUCGAUGAAAUGAUGCGAUUUCUGAAAGGCAAGCAAAAGAUCAGAGGAGCCGCGCCGAAGCGCUUCGAUGAAUGCAUAUACUCGCCGUACAACUAUGGAUCUACAAAAGGCCCAGAAGACGUCAGCAGCACUGCUGUACUCGACGGCUUUACGGAAGAGAGGCCGAGAAGGUUCUCGGACAGCGCCAUUGAGGUGGAGCACGAGAAUGAGAGAAGGAGGCAGGAUCUCAUCGACUUGCACGAGGAUGGCGAUGCGCCAGAAAUUGUGAAUGAGCAAGCCAUUGGCCCUAGACGGCCGUCGAUCACCCACGCCGACUCGGAUCCGCAAAUGGACGCGCCAGAUUUCGAUACACGCGUGCAUACUCCGGAAGUGUUCUUGUUCGAGUAUGGCACUGUUGUCAUCUGGGGUAUGACAUUGCAAGAAGAGAAGAAGUUCUUGAAGGAAAUAGCCAAGUUCGAAGUCGACAAGCUCGGCAAAGACGAGAUUGAGACGGAAGAAUUCAAUUUCUACUACACGCGCGAGUAUCAGGCCCGGAUAUACAACGACUUCAUUAGUCUACGCGACAAGAAGAACUACAUGAUCAAGUUGGCCAUCAGCCACGGCCUUUCUCAGAGUGUCAAGACAUCGCUUUUUGAGGAUCUAGUAGACAACACUAUCGAUGAGACAAAAGACAUCCCGGCCGAGAUCGCCAGCUCUGGCAAGAUCAACCUGAACAAAAAGCAAAUCAACAUGCAGAUAGGAGAGCUGUUCAUCCUCCGUAUUAGUAUACAUCUACAAGGAUCGGUUCUGGACGCGCCAGAGCUUAUGUGGGCUGAGCCACAGCUAGACCCUGUGUACCAAGCUGUCAGAAGCUAUCUGGAGAUGGAUCAGAGAGUCAGUCUUUUGACCGAAAGACUGAACGUCAUUGGAGACUUGCUUGCUGUUCUCAAGGACCAACUGACUGUGACGCACGGCGAAUUGCUUGAGUGGAUCGUCAUUAUUCUUAUUUUUGCUGAGGUGCUGGUGGCUGCUAUUAACAUUUUUGUCGACUUGCACGCAGCGGACUAAUCCGACGUGCCCGCUGUAUAUAUUUGCUGGUGUACGAUAUUUUGCUCAGUGCGCGCGAACAGGUCUGGGCCUCUUGCAAAGGCCAAUUGCACGGCGUUGGGUUGCGGGUAUCUGUGUUUCCUUUUCCGUUUCUGGUAUUGUUCCUCACAUAACGAAGGGCGGAUGUCACGGAGGCGAAAUUGCGAAUGGGAACGUCAAGAGGACGGGUUAGUGGCGAGAAAGUAAUAUAAGACUAAAGGCGGACGAUCGCAUUGUUAAGCUAUCUUCCCAAGCAAGGCGGAGCUGGUCAUCUCCGCCCGCUGAACCCUGUCGCGCCCCAUCUUUCCCUAUGCGACCCUUUUGAGCAUUUCACCGCAUGCUGUCGCCCUCCACCCGUACUGAGCCCCAAUGAGCCGUCCCAGAUGAGUUGGAAUCUGCUAGAGCGCUUUAUAGAAUCUGAGCACUUCAACCAAGAUCCGAG